AUGCGCUUGACCGUCGAGCUGAUCCAAAACUCCCUCUCCUACAUCAACCCGCUCAAGGAUCGCGAGCUAGAUCUACGAGGGCACAAAAUACCUUCGAUUGAGAAUUUGGGUAUUGCAAAGGACCAAGAUGCAAUCGACUUCACAGACAACGAUAUCUCCUCCCUCUCGAAUUUCCCCUUCUUCCCUCGUCUCCGCAUGCUUCUUCUCGCGCGGAAUCGCGUCCGACAGAUUCAGCCGACUAUCGCUACUUCGAUACCUGGAUUGACGACGCUUGUUCUGACGCAGAAUAACAUCGCCGAGUUGGCGGAUCUGGAUCCGCUCCGGAACCUCACGCGGUUGACGCAUUUGACACUGCUCGAGAACCCAGUUACGCGAAAGGAGUACUACCGCCUCUGGAUAAUCUGGCGCAUCCCCAGCGUCCGCUUCCUCGACUACCAAAAAGUAAAAGACGCCGAGCGCGCCAAAGCAACCGAGCUCUUCGGAACAGCCGAGGAACCCUCCGCGCUCGCAUCCAAGAUCCUCGGCGUCAAGUCGCGCACUUUCGACGUCCCAUCAGGCGCCGCCGGCACGACGGACCGCGCACCGGCCGACAAGGGUCUGCGGGUGAAGUUGACGGACAAGGAGAGAAAGAGGAUCGAAAAGAUGAUUCGCGAGGCGAAGAGUCUCGCGGAGAUUACGCGGUUGGAAAGGGAGCUUAAUGAAGGGCGGAUACCCGGGGGUGCGGAUCUGGAUGUGGAUGGGGAGGGAGAUGCGAUGCAGAUGUGA